GAAAAAUUUAUACGACUUCGUUUCUCAUAAACCACAAACCCUAACUAUUAAAAAGAAUCGAAAAAAUCAAAGUUCUGAACUUCUGAUCAAUUUCGAUAUGUUAUCGUUAAUCAUCAGAAGGUCUCGAAGCAGAUUCAUCAUCCAUGGAAUCAAAAUUUCUUGUAACUCUCUGUCGGCUGUAGAUUCAAGUUCUUCAGUUUUGGUUUCUAGAAGAACCUUCAGUUCAACACCUGCGUUAAGCUAUUUUGGAUUCAAUUAUGGAAAAAUCUCUAAUUUGAAUCAGAGAUUUGGUAAUUACGCUUAUUCUGGGAGUAGUUUCGCUUCCAGUACUCGAUCAUUGAGCUCAGAAGCUGUAGCUGUGGCAGCGACUUGUGAUGGACUUACUGUGGAACGAAUUAUAGCUAAUCAGUGGCCGAUUUUAGAUGAGAAUGAAGGUGAUUGGAAGAGUCACGCUGCAGCAAUUGCACAGUCUAUUCAAGUCAUCAAGAGACGAUUACAGUGGAAGAAACUCUUGGUGAGGCUGAAAGUUUUAUCUGCAGAGUUGAACAAGUCUGAUCUUUGGGAUGAUCCAACUCAUGCUGGUAAGAUAAGCCGGGAGCACGGCUCGCUUACGGGAAAAAUGAAAGGAGUUAUGACAUUUGAGAGAGAGCUUCUUGAACACAUUGACAUGUUGAAACUCGCUAAAGAGGAGAACGAUUCAGAGUUAGAAUCGGAAACUUUAAAGGCAUUGAUAGAUAUGAGAAGGGUGUCAAAAGAGAAAGAACUCGAGGCUUUAUUAUCUGCGGAUAAUGAUCCUUGUUCUUGUUAUAUCGAGGUUCAAGCUGGAGCUGGAGGAACAGAGAGCAAUGAUUGGGCAGCUAUGGUAAUGGAAAUGUACAAAACAUGGGCUCAACGACGCAAAUUUUCAGUCACUGUGGUUGAUGAAGCUCCUGGGGAGAUAGCAGGAAUCAAGCGUGCUACAAUCAAAGUGAACGGUGAAUACGCAUACGGAUACGCCAAAGCAGAAGUUGGAGUACAUAGGCUGGUGCGUAUAUCCCCGUUUGACAGUGGAAAACGGAGACACACUUCGUUUGCGGCAGUUGCGGUGAUUCCAAUUCUAGGUGAUGGGUCCACCCGUGUGGAGAUCAAUGACUCCGAUCUCCGGAUUGAGCGGUUCCGUUCUGGAGGAGCCGGUGGGCAGCACGCUAACACGACAGACAGUGCUGUUAGAAUCGUUCACAUACCAACUGGCAUAACAGCAACUUGUCAGAAUGAAAGGUCACAACAUAGUAACAAGGCUUCAGCAAUGGCAGUACUACAAUCACGGUUAGACCAACUGGAAAUGGCUCGUCAGACAGCAAUGAACGCUCAACAUACACAAUCACUAACAGAGAUCAGCUGGGGAAACCAGAUACGAACUUAUGUUCUCCAUCCAUACAGAAUGGUGAAGGAUCUGCGAACCAACUACGAGGUCUCUGAUCCUGACUCGGUUCUUGAAGGAGACUUAGAUGGUUUCAUCUUGAGCUUCUUAUCUUCUUCUUUAGACAAAGAUGAUCCUGAACAUUAGUUUAUAGAUGUUGACAUGAUUGUCUCAAGAGAGUUCUACUUAUGUUUACUUGAAACGUCUUUUUAUUACUAAACUCCGAAAGGACUUAGGGGGGGUUAUUGAACGUAGGAUUUUUAUUGAAUCUGAAAGAAAUUAGAAUUCUAUUUAAAUCUUGUGCUAUUCAAUUGAAUGGUUUUAUAAUUCUACUAAAUUCUACUGUUAUUCAAUUGAUUGAAUUUGUA